CCAGGACAGGACGAGCCUAGCCGACGCCAUCACGCCAUGCAAGGGACCUUCCUCCUCCUCCUCCCGCUCGGCCCUAAAGCUGUCACGCCGCCCAAUAUUCCUUGCCCUCGCCGUCGGGUCGUAUAUAUAAAGCUCUCGCUUCCACCCCUACCACCAUCUCUCCAACCACAACCCAAGCGCAUCGCAGCGGCGGCAACUCGUCGGAGCAAGCAAAGCAAAGCUAGCGCCUUCCUUCGCACGACAGGGUAAUAAUCAAGCUCAAUCGACCGAUAUGGCUGAGACGACAAACACGAUGGCGGCGCCGCGGCCACUCCUGCGCCGGAUGCUCUCGUUCCGGGAGCCACUCCUGGUCAUCCCGUACCUGCUCACCUUCCUGGGCGCCGCGGCGUCGGCGCUGGCCCGCAGCCACUCGUCGCUGCUGCACUCGCUCGCCAGGGCGCUGUUCCCGCCCGCCAACGCCAAGCACGCCGCCGCGCCGCACGCGCCGUCGUCCGCUGCCACCGCCGCCGCCGCCGCGACGUGCCCGGACGACAGCGACGGCGAGGACGAGGACGCCGCGCUGAGCAAGGCGGAGGUGGAGGCGAUCAUGGCCACGAUCGGCCUCGCGGCGGCUGGGCGCGGCGAGGGCCUCGCGCCCGCCAUAGACCUCGACGACGUCCGCGGCCUCUUCGACGCCGAUGAGCCCAGCUUCGCGGAGGUGCGGGCCGUCUUCGCGGUCUUCGACGCUGACCGCGACGGCUUUAUCGGCGCCGAGGACCUGCAGGGCGCCCUGGCGCGGCUGGGAGUCCGGCAGGACGCCGCCGCGUGCCGCGCCAUGGUCGUCGCGGCCGGUGGUGGCCGGGACGCCCGGAUGAACCUGUUCCAGUUCGUCAGGUUCCUCGAGAACGGCCUGUGCUGAUGAGGCUGCAGGGCCGGAGGAGCUGACCGUUCCUUCAUUUUUUUUUUUCUUCUUCGUUUCGUCGCCUCAGCUGCUCGUGGCAGGAGAUGAGAGAGUGUACCAUUCAGAGGGGUGUUCGUCGGGUGUGUGUUUUUCCUCCUGCCAUGAGUUUUGGGGGUGGACUGUGCAGCAAUUAACGCACUAAUUCCCAAGUUAAGAACAAUCAAAUUAAUGGAACUAAUUUGCCGGUUGCAAACA